CAACCAGAUGAGGGAGAAGUUGGGCAAAGUUCAGGAGGCGUAAACGAGUCAGAACUUUUCACUGCAGUGUUUGAGGCUCUCUCAACCCUCAGGACUGACUGAGUCUGCAAUCCGGAGCACAAUGAUUGCAUACAUCCUGUUUACCGUUUUGGCAAUUUUGCCAUUGUUCAUCUAUUUGCGAAAUCCAUAUUUUCUGGGAGAUCUAAGAUACGCGGUCACUGCAAUUCGCAUCGGCAUGCGAAUGGGCAAAAUCAAGAAGAACUUUUCCAGCCUGCUGGACUGCUUCUUGGAUAGAGCGAAGAAGCAUCCAGAAAAGACUUUUCUGAUCUUCGAGGAGAGCUCCUACACGUACAGCCAGGCCGACAGGGAGAGCAACAAAGUGGCCAGGGCUCUGUCGACGCACGCCCAGCUGAAAGAGGGGGACACAGCCGCGCUGUUUCUGGGCAACGAGCCGCAGUUUGUGUGGCUCUGGUUGGGUCUGGCCAAGCUGGGCUGCGUGGCGUCGCUCCUCAACUCCAACAUCAGGUCCAAGUCUCUGGUGCACUGCUUCUCCUGCUGCGAAGCCAAGGUCCUCAUCGCCGGUGCUGACUUGCGAGGAGCCGUAGAAGAGGUUUUGCCGGCUCUGAGAGAGCAGGGCAUCCGCGUGUUUAUCCUCAGCGACCACAGUGACGUAGAAGGCAUCGAAAGCCUCUCCGAUAAGCUCGAGAAGACCUGUGACGAGCCUCUGUCGCCGCAGCUGAGGGCAAACAUCAACCUCAAAACUCCGGCGCUCUACAUCUACACGUCGGGGACCACGGGACUUCCCAAGGCAGCUGUAGUUAACCACGAGAGGGUAUGGAUGUCAUCUUUUCUCCAGGCUAUGGUUGGUGUGCACUCCAGCGAUGUUCUCUAUUUGUACCUGCCUCUCUAUCACACCUCUGGUUUUCUGAUGGGACUCUGCGGAGCCAUAGAGCGAGGCAUCACUGUGGUUUUGAGACGGAAAUUCUCCGUUUCCAACUUCUGGAAUGACUGCAGAAAGCACAAUGUGACCGCCAUUCAGUACAUAGGAGAGAUCAUACGUUACCUGUGCAACACACCGAAGAAAGACAAUGACAAGGAUCAUAAAGUGAGACUGGCUCUGGGGAACGGGAUAAGGUCGGACACCUGGGUUGACUUCCUGCAGCGGUUUGGGAACGUUCGCAUCUGCGAAUGCUAUGGAGCGACAGAAUCCAAUGUUGGAUUUGUCAACUACGUUGGAAAAGUUGGAGCCAUCGGCAGAGAGCAUUUUCUCUACAAGAUGUCAUCGCCAUACGCCCUUAUAAGGUAUGACACAGAAAAAGAGGAGCCAGUCAGAAACUCCAGAGGAUUUUGCAUUGAAGUCCCUAAAGGCGAAACUGGUCUGCUGGUGGGGAAGAUAGGACAGAAAACCCCUUUCUAUGGCUAUGCCAAGAACAAACAGCAGACGGAGAAGAAGAAGCUGCGAGACGUCUUUGAGCAGGGAGACCUCUACUUUAACAGCGGCGACCUUUUAAGGAUAGACGAGGAGGGAUUUGUCUACUUUCAGGACCGCAUUGGAGACACUUUCAGGUGGAAAGGAGAAAACGUGGCAACCACAGAGGUGGCUGAUCAUUUACUAACAGUGGAUUUUAUUGAGGAAGCUAAUGUUUACGGCGUGAAGGUGCCAGGGCACGAAGGAAGGAUUGGAAUGGCGGCGCUGAAGCUGAAAGAAAACACAGACUUUGAUGGCACCGCUAUAUAUCAGCACGUCAAAAACUACCUGCCCAGCUACGCCAGGCCACGUUUCUUACGGAUCCAGGAUGCUGUAGCGGUGACUGGGACAUUCAAGCAGCUGAAGGCGAAACUGGCUGAGGAGGGUUUUGACCCUGCCGUCAUCCAAGACCCUUUGUUUUUCCUGGAAGACGGUAAAGGCUACGUACCCAUGACUCAGGAGAUUCUCACCGCCAUCACAGAGGGAACACUUAAGCUCUGAACGAGUCGACUCAUGUAACUGAUUUUAUACGUUUUAGGUAAUAUAGGCUGCAGAGUAAUGAAAAUGACCAAUUCCUUGAGCGUGUUUACAAAGGGUGAAAGGGAAAAUAUUUCAUACAGGAAUAUUUCAUAGAUUAUAGUUGUUCUUUUUAUAUAUAAUUCAAAUGUAAAUAAAACAUUUUUAAAAUAAAUCCAGUUCAUAUUUAAUUUAUAAUUUUGUAUUAUUUAUUUCCCCAAUUUACAACGGAUAUCUGAAGGCAAUUUGCAAAACAAAGGAUUCAAAUAAACUUCCAGCAGAACCAGGCUAAGCAUGAGCAUCCAUUUUCAGCAACUGAGUUUUGAGAGGACAUGUGGGAGACACUGAACCCCUGAGCCAGGAGUUUAUUCAUAUAUGGCAAAAUAAAGCAAGAAAAAAAAAACAUAGCAGUUCCUCCCUAAAUGAUAAAUAUAACCUUCUGUAUAUUUAGUUAUUGGUAGUGUCACGACUGGCGUCGUAAAAUUAAUCAUACAAACGUGAGUGUGCAGGUGCCCGUCCCUGAUUGGCUCCCAGAAGACACCGGAGACGUCCAAUUGGUGGCCUCCCAGAGAUGACGGAUGUAAACGCUGGAGACGCGAACUUCCUGCCAUCCAUCCUCAGCUCAUCUCAACCGGUCACACUGUUUGUCUGUGAACCCCUUGUAAAGUUCUUGGAGUUGUAGGAGUGAGCUGCCGUUUAUGUUUUCUUACUUUUCUCAUGUUUUUCUUAAUUAGGGAGGUAAGUUUUUGUCAUUUGGUUUAUUUACUUUCAAUUAGGUAAGUUGGUUAAUAUUCAGCUACUUUCAUUUUGUUUGUUUUCAGAAUUAGCUCACUCUGAAGCCGUAUGCUCCACUUGUUGUAACACCUCAAUCAAAAAUACAUCUUUUUAAAAAUAAAUAACAUUAUAAAAUGUUCAA